GCGCGGCGCCCGCGGAGCAUGGCGGACCGCAGCCUGGAGGGCAUGGCGCUGCCCCUGGAGGUGCGGGCGCGCCUGGCCGAGCUGGAGCUGGAGCUGUCGGAAGGUGACAUCACACAAAAAGGAUAUGAAAAGAAGAGGUCAAAGUUAAUUGGAGCCUACCUUCCGCAGCCUCCGACAGCGAAUGGAGCUGCCGUGGUUCGGUGUAGACUGCAGCACAGUGAAGGAGCGCCGAGGAGAACCUUCCGCUCUGCCCACAUCGGGGUGUGCGACGUCCGAGAAGCCGCGGCCCGGGAGCGGGUGGCCAGCACCGCGGGGAACCGGCCUCUGUUUUACUUUCGUUUCGGGGUGGACCAAGCUUUGCUGUAAGAACGCCAGGCUCCUGUCACUGCUUCCUCUGCCUCUCGCUACCACUGCCGAAGGUCUUCAGGGUCACGAGAUGAGCACUAUCGAUCAGAUGUCCACACGGAAGCUGUCCAGGCGGCUCUGGCCAAACACAAAGAGCGGAAGAUGGCGGUGCCUAUGCCUUCCAAACGCAGGUCCCUGGUCGUGCAGACCUCCAUGGACGCCUACACCCCUCCAGAUACCUCUUCUGGCUCAGAAGACGAAGGCUCAGUGCAGGGGGACUCCCAGGGCACCCCCACCUCCAGCCAGGGCAGCAUCAACAUGGAGCACUGGAUCAGCCAGGCCAUCCACGGCUCCACCACGUCCACCACCUCCUCGUCCUCCACGCAGAGCGGGGGCAGCGGGGCUGCCCACAGGCUGGCGGACGUCAUGGCCCAGACCCACAUAGAAAAUCAUUCUGCACCUCCUGAUGUAACCACGUACACCUCAGAGCACUCCAUACAGGUGGAGCGACCACAGGGUUCCACGGGGUCCCGGACAGCGCCCAAGUACGGCAACGCCGAGCUCAUGGAGACCGGGGAUGGAGUACCAGUAAGUAGCCGGGUGUCAGCAAAAAUCCAGCAGCUUGUCAAUACCCUCAAACGACCGAAACGACCACCUUUACGAGAAUUCUUUGUCGAUGACUUUGAAGAGUUAUUAGAAGUUCAACAACCAGAUCCGAACCAACCAAAGCCGGAGGGGGCCCAGAUGCUGGCCAUGCGUGGAGAGCAGCUGGGCGUGGUCACGAACUGGCCGCCGUCGCUGGAGGCCGCGCUGCAGAGGUGGGGCACCAUCUCGCCCAAGGCGCCCUGCCUGACCACCAUGGACACCAACGGGAAGCCCCUCUACAUCCUCACUUACGGCAAGCUGUGGACGAGAAGUAUGAAGGUCGCUUACAGCAUUCUGCACAAAUUAGGCACAAAGCAGGAACCCAUGGUGCGGCCUGGAGAUAGGGUGGCACUGGUGUUCCCCAACAACGAUCCGGCCGCCUUCAUGGCAGCUUUCUACGGUUGCCUGCUGGCCGAGGUGGUCCCUGUGCCCAUCGAGGUGCCGCUCACGAGGAAGGAUGCAGGGAGCCAGCAAAUAGGUUUCUUACUUGGAAGCUGUGGUGUUACCGUAGCCUUGACUAGUGACGCCUGCCAUAAAGGACUUCCAAAAAGCCCAACAGGAGAGAUCCCACAGUUUAAAGGUUGGCCAAAGCUGCUGUGGUUUGUCACAGAGUCGAAACAUCUCUCCAAACCGCCCCGAGACUGGUUCCCACACAUUAAAGAUGCCAAUAACGACACUGCGUAUAUCGAGUACAAGACGUGUAAGGACGGCAGCGUGCUGGGUGUGACGGUGACGAGGACCGCGCUGCUGACACACUGCCAGGCCCUGACGCAGGCGUGCGGCUACACGGAAGCUGAAACCAUCGUGAAUGUGCUGGACUUCAAGAAAGACGUCGGGCUCUGGCAUGGCAUCCUGACAAGCGUCAUGAACAUGAUGCAUGUGAUCAGCAUCCCAUACUCGCUGAUGAAGGUGAACCCUCUCUCCUGGAUCCAGAAGGUCUGCCAGUACAAAGCAAAAGUGGCGUGUGUGAAAUCGAGGGAUAUGCACUGGGCAUUAGUAGCACACAGAGAUCAGAGAGACAUCAACCUCUCCUCUCUGCGAAUGCUGAUCGUGGCGGACGGCGCGAACCCCUGGUCUAUUUCUUCUUGCGAUGCAUUUCUCAAUGUCUUCCAAAGUAAAGGCCUUCGACAGGAGGUCAUCUGUCCUUGUGCCAGCUCGCCAGAGGCCCUCACUGUGGCCAUCCGGAGGCCCACGGAUGACAGUAACCAGCCCCCAGGCCGGGGCGUCCUCUCCAUGCACGGGCUGACCUACGGAGUCAUUCGUGUGGACUCGGAAGAGAAGCUCUCCGUGCUCACCGUGCAGGAUGUCGGCCUCGUGAUGCCUGGAGCCAUCAUGUGUUCAGUGAAGCCAGACGGGGUUCCUCAGCUGUGUAGAACGGAUGAGAUUGGGGAGCUGUGUGUGUGUGCAGUUGCGACGGGCACGUCCUACUAUGGCCUCUCCGGCAUGACCAAGAACACCUUUGAGGUGUUUCCCAUGACCAGCUCCGGGGCUCCGAUCAGCGAAUACCCGUUCAUAAGGACAGGCCUGCUGGGGUUUGUGGGUCCCGGGGGUCUCGUCUUCGUGGUGGGCAAGAUGGAUGGCCUCAUGGUGGUCAGCGGGCGCAGGCACAACGCCGACGACAUUGUGGCCACUGCGCUGGCUGUCGAACCCAUGAAGUUUGUCUACAGGGGAAGGAUAGCCGUGUUCUCGGUGACUGUGCUGCACGACGAGAGGAUUGUGAUCGUGGCAGAGCAGAGGCCCGACUCCACAGAGGAGGACAGCUUCCAGUGGAUGAGCCGCGUGCUGCAGGCGAUUGACAGUAUACAUCAAGUUGGAGUUUAUUGCCUGGCCUUGGUGCCAGCAAACACCCUCCCCAAAACCCCGCUUGGUGGGAUCCAUCUGUCAGAAACAAAACAGCUUUUUCUGGAGGGCUCUCUGCACCCCUGCAACGUCCUAAUGUGCCCCCACACCUGCGUCACAAACUUGCCUAAGCCUCGACAGAAGCAGCCAGAAAUCGGCCCCGCCUCUGUGAUGGUGGGGAACCUGGUCUCUGGGAAGAGAAUCGCGCAGGCCAGCGGCAGAGACCUGGGUCAGAUCGAAGAUAACGACCAGGCCCGGAAGUUCCUGUUCCUCUCGGAGGUCUUGCAGUGGAGAGCACAGACUACCCCGGACCACGUCCUCUACACGCUGCUCAACUGUCGGGGUGCGAUUGCGAACUCGCUGACCUGCGUGCAGCUGCACAAGAGAGCUGAGAAGAUCGCCGUGAUGCUCAUGGAGAGGGGCCACCUUCAGGAUGGUGACCACGUGGCCUUGGUCUACCCCCCAGGAAUAGACCUGAUAGCAGCGUUUUAUGGUUGCCUGUACGCAGGCUGUGUGCCCAUAACCGUCCGUCCCCCGCACCCGCAGAACAUCGCGACGACGUUGCCUACCGUCAAGAUGAUUGUAGAGGUGAGUCGCUCUGCCUGUCUGAUGACGACACAGCUGAUCUGUAAGUUGCUGCGGUCCAGGGAGGCGGCGGCGGCUGUAGACGUCAGGACGUGGCCCCUCAUCCUGGACACAGAUGAUUUGCCAAAGAAGCGGCCUGCCCAGAUCUGCAAACCUUGCAACCCAGACACCCUCGCGUAUCUUGACUUCAGCGUGUCCACAACUGGGAUGCUAGCUGGCGUAAAGAUGUCUCACGCAGCCACCAGUGCCUUCUGCCGUUCCAUUAAGCUGCAGUGUGAACUUUACCCCUCUAGAGAAGUGGCCAUCUGCCUGGACCCUUACUGUGGACUGGGAUUUGUCCUCUGGUGCCUCUGCAGUGUGUAUUCUGGGCACCAGUCCAUCCUGAUCCCACCCUCCGAGCUUGAAACCAACCCCGCCUUGUGGCUUCUCGCCGUGAGUCAGUACAAAGUCCGAGACACGUUUUGCUCCUACUCCGUGAUGGAGCUGUGCACCAAGGGGCUGGGCUCGCAAACAGAGUCCCUUAAGGCGCGAGGGCUGGACUUGUCCCGAGUGAGGACCUGCGUGGUCGUGGCGGAAGAGCGGCCGCGGAUCGCGCUCACACAGUCGUUCUCAAAGCUGUUUAAGGACCUGGGCCUUCACCCGCGGGCCGUCAGCACCUCGUUCGGUUGCAGGGUGAACCUGGCGAUUUGCUUGCAGCCUCACAGGCUGUGGACCCUGGCCGAGCAGGGAACCUCAGGACCUGACCCAACCACUGUCUAUGUGGACAUGAGAGCCCUGAGACAUGACAGAGUUCGCUUAGUGGAAAGAGGAUCCCCUCAUAGCCUGCCCCUGAUGGAAUCGGGAAAGAUACUUCCAGGGGUUCGGAUUAUAAUUGCCAACCCAGAAACAAAAGGACCGCUGGGGGACUCACACCUUGGAGAGAUUUGGGUUCACAGUGCCCACAAUGCCAGCGGUUAUUUUACUAUUUACGGAGAUGAAUCCCUCCAGUCGGAUCACUUCAACUCAAGACUAAGUUUUGGAGACACCCAGACCAUCUGGGCACGCACAGGCUACUUGGGGUUCCUGCGGAGAACUGAGCUCACAGAUGCAAAUGGAGAGCGCCAUGACGCCCUCUACGUGGUCGGGGCACUGGACGAAGCCAUGGAGCUGCGGGGCAUGCGGUACCACCCGAUCGACAUUGAGACCUCGGUCAUCAGAGCCCAUAAAAGCGUUACGGAAUGUGCCGUGUUUACCUGGACAAAUUUGUUGGUGGUUGUGGUUGAGCUGGAUGGGUCGGAGCAAGAAGCCUUGGACCUGGUUCCCUUGGUGACCAACGUGGUCCUGGAGGAACACUACCUGAUCGUCGGAGUGGUGGUCGUGGUGGACAUCGGCGUUAUCCCCAUCAACUCCCGUGGGGAGAAGCAGCGCAUGCACCUGCGAGACGGGUUUUUGGCAGACCAGCUAGACCCCAUCUAUGUGGCCUACAACAUGUAGUCUCGUCUCUUGGCUUCCAUGGACUUUUCUAGAGAUGUAGACAUUGUUCUCCGUGUCCACUGAAGCGUGCAGACACAGGGCGACACUCACCAGAAUGCAGCCUUUUGUGGUGAGAGUGGAGGAGGAACAAGAGGAGGAAGAGGACUUCUCACAGCAGCCACGAUCGGCAUGGGGGUGAAAUGUGAAUUUACCACUGAAUUUCGCUCAGAAGGACUUUGGAUUACUGCCUUCAGUUCGUUGGAAAAGCCCAUUUCAAAACUUUCUUUUCUUUUCUUUCUUUUUUAAUUAUUGGAUAAUAAGUGCUUUCUUCGUAAAUGUGGUAUUUUGUUAAGCCGAAAUAGCAAUUAAAAAAAUAUCCUGCCCUCCAGAUGGGUUCUUUUAAACAAUUUAUGUAGUGUGACAAAGAAUUGUUUUCUCUGUUUUAAUGUGUCAUGAAAUCUUAAUGACAUGGAUCUGUUACUAAUUUAAGCCAUUGCUAGAUCUCAUCCUUUUAGGGAAGUUUGAGGUACGAGAAAACCUUCCAAAUAGCACCUUCCAAUUAGAUUAUAGCGGCUUUCUUUGUCAGAAAUGUGCUGAAGAAACAAAGGCUGACAUAUGGCCUUUGAAGUUAGUAUAGAAUGAGAAGAAAUUAUAAAUAAGGUGUAUUUCGGCAAUUAUCUUGCAAAUAUCUUUGUACUAAACUAAAAAGGUAAAAUAAGUUAACUUCCUCAAUAUGUAAUUAUGUACAAAACGUUUAAUUUAUUUUGAUCUCUUUAGAACUAUAAAAGAGAAAAACAUUCAAGAAUAUUAAAGUCUUGUAAUGUUUGCUAAUAUAAAAAAGUGUUGUAUUAUCUUGCGUGGAUAGUAUCACAACAAAUAUAUAUAUAUGAAAUAUAAAUUCACUAAUGAACAAAGGAGAUUUUAAAGUUUAAGAUGCAGAACUUGUCACUUGCAUGGUGUGCCCCCCGUACUCACAUCCACUCUGCUGUUGCCAGCAGUCACAGACCGCAGGAGCCCUGUCUAAAAGUUUCUUCUAGAACCAGAGACCAGCAAGUGAAAUUACUGCCAUCUCAAGGAUGGUGAAAGAAUUCAAAGCUCAAUGUGCACUAUUUUUUUCUUUGCUGUGGGACAACAGUGAAUGUGUUUAUGCCAGCGUGUGCUGAUGAUACUGAGGGGCUUUAGGUUGGCAAAUAGCACUGUUUUCUUAGCUGCAAGAAUUCGUUGCACAAUGUUUUUCAUCAUUUUUGUUAGUGUCAUCUUUUGUUGGUCCUUGCUACGGAAAGGAAUGCGAUUCUGUGGUCAUUUGCACUGGGUUGCAUUGAUUCCCCCUCUGAUGGCCAAUGUGGAGUGGACAAAGUGUCCGGAACUCACAUCGGUGAUCGUCCCCUCGUCUUAAGACCCAGCCAGCUCUGUGUGAGCCUCUGGGGCUCCCUCGCUCGGUGAGCACAGUUCCCCGGGGGUUCAUGCCAGAGCUCUGGCUGAAGCAAGAAGUCCUCCAGCUGCGUCGUUUGCCGCCUGUGGAUGAGUGCGCCCCAGUUUCUGCCCUGGCAGCUCCUGGCCACACCUUCUCAGAGCUCACCUGUGCACUUCUAAAUUGAAUUGGCCCACGGAGUCCAACCAAGAAGGAGCAUCUGCACUCCGAGAAAGAUGUGUUCUGUACCUGCCCCAUGUGACCCUGCAGUGGCUCUCGGUGCUAGAUAUGCAUGACUAAGAUUGAUGCUGGGCAAAAUUUAGAUUAACUUUCAUUAUGUUGUGGGCAGUGUCUUUGUCUGCCUUUGCUAUAUGCAGUCAGCAGUAAGCCUUUUGCUAAAAGAGUUUUGUUUGACUUCUGAGAUCCAAGGCUGAUUGUUGUGGAAAAAAAAGAAAAAAAAAAUGGCACAUUUAAAAAACUUUGUCUGCAUAUGUGGUGCAUCCUUCCAUCUCCACAAACCAUUUGAUUCUUGAGAUAUUGUUUGGCCUCAUUGCUGUGUGUGACUAUUUCUCCACAUGCUUCAGAUACACAUUCCUAGUCUCUGCUUCCUAAGGGGGGAACCACCACACAUGGGGGGAAAAAAGACAUUUUCCUAUACCCACCCACCUUGUUUAAAGGGAAGUAGGUUUGGGGCUUCAGGUCAGACACUGAUUAUGAAACAUUAGCUGCAGUGUGCAGGACAGCUUUGAGGUCCAGCUGAAGUCAGGAAGCAAAACAAAUUUAGAUGUCACUUCAAACAUAAUUUUAACUGUCACCAAAUCAACUCUAUGUUCGAGGAGUGUGGACGCUGCAGUGUAGUUGCGAGGGCCGUUAGCAGCAGUCUCUUCUGCAUCCUGUGAACUCUGAUGUUAGAGUUUAGGCUCAAAAGAGUUGGUGGACUGAGAUCAAAAUUUGGUUGUGCAAGAAAAAGGAAAGGAGACAGUACCACCAGUUUCAGCAAUAAAGAAGGGUCAUUCUGUAUUCGAAAUUGUACUGUAGAUAAAUCAUUCAUGAGAAUGUAAAAAAUGUUUGUCUUGUGACCUUGUGCUUUUGAAGUCAGACAAAACCGUGUAAUCAACUUGCACAAAAAGAGGGUACACAAUGAACAUAUAAACACAGACCUAAUCAAACAGGAGCAGAUUCCUCAUGGUGCUUGUUUAUUAUAUAUAUUUAAUCCUGCUUGACACUUUACCCAAGGGAGAUGGUCCCUUUUAUCAGUUGAAUGUUAGCAGCGUUAUUUCAGAGUGUGGUGACUGGUUAGAGAAAUUCAUGUACUCAACCAAUCACAGUUUCAAACAAAAUUUUUAUGUGCAAAGGACAGCAACCUUCUUGUAUGUUAAACCACCAGUACGCUUUGUACAUCUGUGAUAACGCCUGUUUUAUAUUCAAAUGAACAAAUAAAAGCUUUUAUUUUUGUUGCUCUGAAAA